UGGAGGAGAGCUAUGCCUGUGUGUUGUUCGCAUGCCCUGCCGGAUUCGUCGCCGUCUUUGUGCAUCAGGUGAUCUGCAGCAUCUGCCCCAGACAUGGCUGACGUAAAGUGAUGCUGGUUCUGCUGUAUGUGGAGGAAGCCCUUAGGGGUUAGUGCACCCGAAUAUCUGCCUGCGAGGACGCGUAUGAUUAGCCGUUGGGGUGUGUUUGGGCUUUGAAUAAUCAUGAGUAGCGAACUAAACAUCCCAGUGGAUCCUUCCACCCCAGCUGUCUCAGAACGUGGAAACAAAGGCAUGGACUACAGAGACUGGGUCAGACGUAGCUACCUUGAAUUGGUAACAUCCAACCAUCAUUCUGUACAGGCCCUUUCAUGGAGGAAACUCUAUCUUAGUAGAGCAAAGCUGAAAGCCUCCAGCCGUACCUCUGCGUUGCUUUCAGGAUUUGCCAUGGUUGCAAUGGUGGAGGUCCAACUGGAAAUGAAAUAUGAGUAUCCGCAGUUGUUGCUCAUUGCCUUCAGUGCCUGUACCACAGUGCUUAUUGCUGUGCACCUCUUUGCACUUCUGAUUAGCACAUGUAUCCUACCCAAUGUAGAGGCCGUGAGCAACAUCCAUAACUUGAACUCUGUUAAUGAAUCGCCACAUGACCGCAUGCACCCUUACAUCGAGUUGGCUUGGGGCUUCUCCACAGCACUUGGAAUACUCCUCUUCCUUGCUGAGGUGGUUUUACUGUGCUGGAUUAAAUUCCUCCCAAUUGACUCUCCAUCGGUACGUAAUGAAACCAAUGCAUCGCAGAAACCUGGAAAUGCGGGGUGGCACUCUGCCCUUAUUUCGACCAUCAUCAUGGUACCAGUUGGCAUUAUCUUCGUAAUAUUCACUAUUCAUUUUUAUCGUACACUGGUGAGACAUAAAACAGAGCGCCACCAUCGGGAGAUUGAAGAACUCCACAAAUUGAAAGUACAGCUUGAUGGACAUGACCGUGGUAUUAAUGUAGUGUGAUCUUUUUACAGUAAGACUAACAGACAACUACUAAUAUGUUGUAAGAACAUGGGCUAUGUUUCAGUUCUUUUUCAAGAAUUGAGGGUUCUAGCUAGUUCAGGUCUACAAAUAUAAUGUAUCAUGUCAUUUUUCUUAUGGAAAAAUGUGUAGAGGCCUAGGAGUAAGGGGAUUUCUUCUUCAGAGAUAAUUAUCUGAUAAGUUGCACUUUUAUUUUUUAAUUUAAGAACUAUAUUUUAGCUUUUAGCGUAUAUAGCAGUCCACAAAUAUUAAGCUACCAGCUUGAAAAUGCUGCACUGAGAAAUGGUUACAUUAAACAGGGAUUUGGGACAACUGACCAUUAUGCUUAGACGAACAUGGUGCCUUGUCUUGUAAUAGUCAGCUUCCUCUACAAGAAAGGCUCAGUUGGCCCUGCAUAGCGCAAGUUAGAAUUUAAACAAAAAAAGUAAAGUAUACAUCUCU